AUAGUGCUAUAUAUACGUGUGUGUUUUCCUUUUAUCAACUUUCAAAUUGCUUCUGGUUAUGCUAUGCUUAUCUUAUGAGGGUUGUGCAAGCUUUUCAGGAUAUGAAGCUCACAAGCUGAAUGAGCGAGCAUCUGUGGAGUUUGGGGUCAAUUUGGAACCUCAUAGCUCCACCAGCAAUCUCGAGGGGCCUUCCCAGUAUCCCUACAUUCUAUCUGAAGGAAGGGCAAGUCUAAGUAGUGCGGAGAAGAAGAAAGUUGAGGAGAAAGUUCAAGCAAUUCAAUCUGAACUUCCUAUCUAUGUGGUAGUAAUGACCAAAAGCCGGAUUAAUGCCGAUCAAUUGGGCAUCCGCAUGGAAUACGGUGCAAGACAUAUUCCACACAUAAACAGAAAAACGGAUCUCAUGCUUCAGGCAGAGGGAAGUACCGAGCAGCACACCUGCAGAUUGGUAAUAGAUCAGAGCGGAAAGAGGUGGAUUCGUCGUGGCUGGAAGGAUUUCGUCACCGAGAAUAAAGUGCGGGAGGGGGAUAUCUGCCUCUUUGAACGGGGAGAGAGCACGAAAAAGCUCAGGAUGAUGGUCUAUUUCAUCCGCAGGUCAAGUCAGACAUAGAGAUCGAUGUAGCUCAAGGCCUAGUAUUCUAUGUACUGCUAGUUAAUGCGUUGUCCGUAUGGUUCUAACCAUGGUGCCCUGCCAUGACAUGACAGUGAAUGAACUUGUCUCUAAUUUGGGAUAGGUUGGAGUCUAGUUUGUCUCUAGUUAGCAGUACUGUCUGAUGCUCAUAUGUACUUAUAUUAUUUCUGGUUAGGAGGAUGUCUCCAGGUGAUGUGAUAA